AUGUGGGGGAAACUCUUUCAUUUCUCAGCAGACGCAGUACUCAUCUCUGCAGUACUUGCUGGCAUUAGGCGCAACACAGGAUUGCAACCUUCUCUUUCAACAAUUGAGAAUGAAGACGUGCGCACAUAUGCCCAAAAGUAUCUCAACAUAGGUGAAUGGGUACUGGAUUCCGGAAUUGUGUUUAUGAACAACUCAUCCUACUUUGAGCGUAACAAUAACCAAGAUGGUGGUAGCUCUAAGCGUUAA